UGGUAGAAGGUAUGCCUUGGCAUGGAUUGGUCCAAAAACUAAAGAGACAGUAGGAUUACACAGCUGAUUAUAAAAACGCAAUUAUUCUACCUUGAGAUAUUGUUUACAUUACAGUGAUACAUUGUGAUUUGUUUGAAGCGCGUGAUAGAAAUAAUGACGCAGCAUAUGAUUGAUGUUAAAUAACUUUCCUACCAAGUAUAACAAUAUUGCGACUGAUUUGACCGAUCAAUAUCUCAAAUUAUUCAUGCGAAUUAAAACCCAUAUUGUCAUCGUUUUUGUUUACAUAGAAAAUGUCGUGUGAUGUGUUUUGUCUCUUUCUGUUUACAUAUAAAAACGGUAACAUUGUGCAGUUCUUGUUAUAUUUGAAACUAAAUACAAUAUCAAGCCUUCUACGUAUUAAAUAUACCAAUGGGCAACAGAUCAGCAGCUCAGCCUCAAUAUAUAGCACCUAUGUAUCCACCUCCAAUAUAUCCUUAUCACCAUCAUCAUCAUAAUCGUCAUCGUUACCGUUCGCCUUACUAUGGUGGAUACUAUGGUGGAUACUAUGGUGGUUAUCCACCUUACUAUGGUGGUUAUCCAAGAGCAUCAUACGUAUACUGA